GCCCCGCCCAUCGGCCUGCGUAAGUGCGUCGUCUCUAUGGUGGCGGCGGAUUCGGAGGGACCUAGCGAUCCUGGAGUCAGGAUGUUCCGCCGGCAGCGUUCCAUCCCUCUCCGAGGCUCGGCUGCCGCCCUGAGCAACAACCUCAGCGUGCUGCAGCUGCCGGCCUGCAACCUCACACACUUCGGGGUCGUGCAUGGACCCAGCGCCCAGCUGCUCAGCGUUGCUCCUGAGGGCGUGCCCUUGGCCCAGCGCCAGCUCCACGCUAAGGAGGGAGCUGGAGUGAGCUCCCCACUUAUCACCCAGGUCCACUGGUGUGCCCUCCCCUUUCGAGUAUUGCUGGUGCUCACCUCACAUCGAGGAAUUCAGAUGUAUGAGUCUGACGGCUCCGUCAUGGUCUAUUGGCACGCGCUGGACUCCAGAGAUGCCUCUCCAGUACAGGCUAUGUUUGCCCGAGGAAUUGCUUCCUGUGGCCAUUUCAUCUGUGUAGGAAUGUGGUCAGGCCGGGUACUGGUAUUUGACAUACCAGCCAAAGGUCCCAACAUUGUACUGAGUGAAGAGCUGGCAGGGCAUCCGACGUCAGUCACCGACAUCGCCAGCGAGCCUGCCCAGGAACAGGACUGCAUGGCUGACGUCGUGACAGCAGACGACUCAGGCUUGCUUUGUGUCUGGCGGUCGGGCCCCGAAUUCAAAUUACUGACCCGAAUUCCCGGAUUUGGGGUCCCAUGCACUUCCGUGCAGCUGUGGAAGGGGAUCGCAGCAGCGGGCUACGGGAACGGGCAAGUGCGUCUGUAUGAGACCAGUACAGGAGCUCUACACGUCCAGAUCAACGCCCACGCCCGGGCCAUCUGUGCCCUGGACCUGGCUCCGGAGGUGGGCAAGCUACUUUCUGCAGCCGAGGACACCUUUGUACACAUCUGGAAGCUGAGCAAACGCACAGAGAGUGGCUGCACCGAGGUGGAACACUGUCACGGCGAGUGUGUGCCCGACACUCAGGUGUGUGGCGCCCGAUUCUGUGACCCCUCAGGCAGCUCCUUUGCUGUGACUGGCUACGACCUCGCUGAAAUCCUGAGAUUCAGCAGUGAGUGAGAACAGAAAAGCCUCCCUUCUCCCUGUGGUGUUUAUAAAGUGCCUCCUCCGCCUA